AUGGCUAUGUCCAGCUGCCCUCCAGAGAUCUUUUCCUGCUCCGUAUGUUUGGAAAUCUUGUGUGACCCAGCUACACUUCCUUGUGGUCACAGCUACUGCCUUCAGUGCAUCCAGAAGCACUGGGAUAAAGCUGCAAAGGGUGUCUACUCCUGUCCCCAGUGCAGACAGGUGUUCAACCCCAGGCCCUCCCUGGGCAGGAACAACAUGCUGAUGGAAGCUAUGAAGAAACUGAGCGUGAGGGAGCAGGACAGGCCUCCCUCACCUGUUUGUUCCUCCAUGGAUCCAUCUCCCACUGUGUCCACAGAUUCCUCUUCUCACUUUCAACAGGCACUCCCCAGGGGUGAUGGAGCUCAAGGCACUGAUGAAGGUGGCCUUUAUCCACAGCUCCCUUACAGCUCCCCUGAGCUGUGUUCACUGCACCACCAGCUGCUCGAGUUGUACUGCUUUGAUGACAAAGAAAGAGUGUGCGAUGAAUGUAGUUUCUUGGGACAUAAGGGUCAUCGAGUGGUCCGUCCAGAUGAGGAAAAAAAUGAAAAACAGCAAGAGCUGGCACAAAUGAAGGCAAUGGUACAAAAGUGUAUUCAUGACAGAGAGAGGAUUAUUCAAACAUUACCCCAGACUUUCCAAGCCCACAAGAAUGCGAUUCAGGAUCUGCAGAGGGACAGCCUAGGGAUCUACACUGAAGCAAUGAAGUGUGUCGAGUCAAUGAACUCUCACGUAACAGAGCUCCUUCAAAACUAUGAGUCCUCCUAUUAUAAUCGCAUUGAGGACCAGCGCUAUAGGCUGCAGCAGGAGAUCUGCCAGCUGUACAAGCAAGAGGAGGAGCUGAACAGGAUGGCCAACACUGAGGACUCCAUUCAGUUUCUAAAUUGGUUUUUCUCAAUGGCGGCUGCAGAGCAGGUUGGCAGUGCAGAGCUACAGAUCAGCCAGCCAGAGGCCGAGGCCAGUAGGAUCAGAUCAGCUAUUGGGGCUUUUGGAGAGGGCCUUCAGGUCCUUUUCAAAGGAAGCUUGGCCAACAUCUUCAGAACUGUAAAUGAUGUUGCAGAGUCUGCACAAACUGCCCAGACCUCAGCAGCAAGUUCAGUCCCUGGCAAUCCAACAGUUGUGUCACAGAAAUCAGCACCUGCGUCUGACAAGAGUGACAGUAAAGCGACAGGCACAGCACUUGUUACCUCCACACUUCAUCCACCACCUCCUCCUGCAAACUCGGUAAAGGAAUCAGCCUCCUUUAGUGUGGAAAACCCAGCACCUAAAACCAGGGAAGAAAUGCUUAAAUUCCGCUUCCAGCCCACGCUAGACCACAACAGUGCAUAUCGUCACAUUCGUUUGUCAGAUGGGGAUCGCAAGGCCACGCUCCGUGCCGAGAACCAGAACUACCCGGAGCAUGCCGAGCGUUUUCUCUACUGGAGGCAGGUCAUUUGCCGGGAGCCACUGGCUGGAAGCCCUUACUACUGGGAGGUAGAAUGGACAGGCCAGAAGGUCACCAUCGGAGUGGCAUAUAAAGAAAUGGGGCGCUCUACAUCGGAUGACAGCUCCAGGAUCGGCCACAACGAGCACUCAUGGGGCCUAUACUGGUCUGGCUCUGCUUUCUCUCUGUGGCAUGCAGGGAAGGAAACAGCCCUGGCCGCACCCAAGGCACACUGCAUCGGCAUAUACCUGGACCAGCAAGCAGGCGUGCUGGCAUUCUAUAGGGUGUUACACAAGGAGGCCCACCAGAUUUGCUGCGUUGAAACUGAAUUCAGUGGACCUCUCUUCCCCAGCUUCCGCUUCUGGUCUGCGAUGGGCUCCACUAUCACUCUGUGCCAGCUAGACUAAUGGUGGGGCGGAAGACCUCUGAAGUUUCAUUUUGUUUGUUGGUCACUCUAAUCAUCCUGGGUUUUGCAGCAUGUUUUAUAAAAAUGCCUAAAUGUUUUCUGUAAAAUACUUGUAUAAGGAGACAUGGUGUUGGUGAAAAUAGUACACUGUUGUGCAUGGCCACUAAAGGGCUUAUAUAAAUACAGAAUGAUCCAUGAUUUCUGUGGGUGAUUCCUGCCCCUUGAGCUCUGGAGUUUUGGAUUUGAAAACUAUUAAGAUUCACCUGGUUUUUCUCCUUACUUCUUGCUCAGUUUCUU